ACGUCAACCACGUCAACGUCAAGUGGUCAAGUACGCUACGUUUUGUCGUGUUGUUGCUGUUUCUGCUGGGGCGUUUGUUUGCAUUUGCUCCAGUUUUAUACAUCGGUUGCUACUGUCAAAAUGUCGUACAGAGACAGAGGCAAUGAUCAGCGUGGUCACUGGGGCGAUCCCAAGGGACGGCAACCAGGGGAAAGGCUCCGCAAGCCCAAGUGGGAUAUGAGCCGCCUUCAGCCCUUCCAGAAGGACUUCUACAGGGAACAUCCAGCCACUGCCAGUCGCUCUCAUAUGGAGGUGGAAGCGUAUAGGCGCCAACAAGAGAUAACUGUGCGUGGUCGAAAUGUCCCAAAUCCAAUCCUGUCUUUUGAAGAAGCCAAUUUGCCAGACUACUGCAUGUCUGCAAUUGCGCAUGCAAACUACGUGUCACCGACACCGAUCCAGGCCCAGGGUUGGCCAGUCGCCCUAAGUGGUCGUGACAUGGUGGGCAUCGCUCAAACGGGCUCGGGAAAAACUCUCGCCUACGUCCUUCCUGCGAUCCUUCACAUUUCGCAUCAGCCGUACCUGGAGCGUGGGGACGGCCCCAUUGCCCUGGUUGUGGCCCCCACACGCGAACUUGCCCAGCAGAUUCAGCAAGUGGCUGCAGAGUUCGGCCGUGCUUCGCGCAUCCGCAACACCUGCGUCUUCGGAGGGGCUCCCAAGGGUCCACAGAUCCGAGAUCUGGAGCGAGGGGUCGAGAUCUGCAUCGCAACACCCGGACGUCUCAUCGACUUUCUGGAAGCGGGAAAGACUAACCUGCGUCGUUGCACAUACCUGGUACUGGACGAAGCGGACCGUAUGCUCGACAUGGGCUUUGAGCCCCAGAUCCGUAAGAUCGUAGACCAGAUUCGCCCGGACCGCCAGACGCUGAUGUGGAGCGCCACUUGGCCCAAGGAGGUGCGUGCCCUGGCUGAAGACUUCCUCAAGGACUACAUCCAGGUCAACAUUGGGGCACUCCAGCUGUGUGCCAACCACCACAUCCUGCAGAUCAUUGACGUCUGCCAAGAAAGCGAGAAAGAUGCAAAGCUGAUCAAGCUCCUGCAUGAAAUCAUGAAUGAAAAAGACAACAAGACCAUAAUCUUUGCCGAGACCAAACGCAAGGUGGACGACCUUACCCGUCGCAUGAGACGCGAUGGCUGGCCGGCCAUGUGUAUUCACGGGGACAAGUCGCAGCCCGAACGUGACUGGGUUCUUGGAGAGUUUCGCACAGGGAAGUCUCCGAUCCUGGUGGCAACGGACGUGGCAGCCAGAGGACUGGAUGUGGACGACAUUAAGUUUGUCAUCAACUACGACUACCCCAAUUGUUCGGAGGACUACGUGCACCGCAUUGGCCGCACGGCACGUUCCAAUAAGACUGGCACAGCCUACACCUUCUUCACCAUGAACAAUGGCAAGCAGGCUGGUGAGCUAAUCUCUGUGCUCAAGGAGGCCAACCAGGUGGUCAAUCCAAAACUCUUUGAGCUCAUGGAAAUGGGACGCAACUUCUAUGGCCGUGGAGGUGGCCGAAGCAGUCGUUGGAGGAACCCUGCGGCUGGACGGCUCACCGGGAGUAAUGCUGUGGGGCCAUCAUACAACAGCCACUACAAUGGACCUCAACAGCAGAAUGGCACGCAUAAUCCUCGCCAAGACUACCAGCAGAAUGGGAUGCACAAUUCGCGCCAAGGCUACCCACCCCUAAAUGGCGGUCCAUAUAACGCCGGGGGACCUCCACGGAUGGAAGGUUCCGGCUGGUAAUAGAACAUGUUUCUUUUAGGAGAAGAGUCUCCGAUACUGUCAUUUUCCUGUGCCACUUAAGUGUAAGCUUUCAUGGAUCUGGGAGUUUCCUUUUAUAUCUGUUGUAAUGAAUUGCCAUCCUUUUUUGGACAUACACCAGGUCUGCACUUGAAGUUCAUGUCGAGCUUUCUUGUAUUAUUUUGUCUGGGUUAAUAAAGUAUUUAUUAGCUUCUUA